UUGUUUUUAAUUUAUACUUACAUGCUAAUAAAUAAAUAAAAUAGCAUAGGGGGAUACCCUCUACCUAUAAGCGUUGCUGUGAAUUGUAAUAGAUAAAUGAUUAUACUUGCAUGGCAUCGUUAAUCAGAUUCAUUUUGAAGGAAGAAGAUGAAAUGCAGAUAUGCUAGUUAGGUAGAAGAAAUGAACAAGAAGUGCAUGUAGAACACACACCAUGCAUGUAACAACUCACACUCAAAAUGCACUCUCAGCUUACUUGGUCAUCUGUCUAACACAAGAUUUUCUAUCCAAAACAGCACAUCAUGGCCUCUAGGUACUCUGAGCCUCCUGCCAUAGCAAUUACUUCACUAGUUUUGCUUCUUCUUAUUUCCCUUCCACCCAGAAUCCUCUCACAAAAUUCCCCCAUCCCCACUGACCCAACAGUAACUGAUUGCACGCCAGGGCUGCUACCACUGGCCCCAUGUGCCCCAUUUGUUCAACGCAUGGCUCAGAUACCAGUUCAACCUUGCUGUGACAACCUCAACCAACUCUACCAAGAGCAGCCUGGUUGCAUUUGCCUCUUGCUCAAAGACACCAACUUGAGCUCUUUCCCAAUUAAUCGCACCUUAGCCCUGGAGCUGCCUGUUCUUUGCAACGUGCAAAUUAACAUUGCUGCCUGUUCAGGGACCCCUCAGGUCCUCUCUAGUCCACCUGCUUCUCAAGUUUACCCGGGAGCACCCACCAAUUCUUCUGUUGGGAGACACACCGACUAUUCUUUUGCUGCUUCUCCCGUGGUUGAAGGGGAGCCAAGAUCCUCCAUCACGGGAAUCGGAUUUCAUCGGAGUACUGGUGUUAAGUUGGAGGCAGAAGGUUCUUUGAUGCUUCUGGUGACUAUGGCAGUCAUUUCUUUAUCAAAAGCAUUUCCUUCGGUCUAGGUUAAUAAUAAGCAUGUUGUGUUUAUCCUAUAUUGGUAUUCUUAGUCUUAGUACUUGGGGAAAUACAGUGCUGGUUAUGAUGUGAUUUCUCUUCAAUGAUUUAUAUCCGUAUGCAACUCUUCUACUGGUUUUAAACAGUAUCUAGUUGUUUCUUAUGGAUGAUUGCACCUGAAUCAGAAAGGUCAACCAGUCUGGAGUGUAAAAGGUAAGUACUUGAACGGCAUUUUUUAACCU